AGCUCCAAUGUAAACAGAGCGGGCAGGGGCCCUGAUUCACUGGCCGCCGGGGCCAGGGUUGGGGGUUGGGGGUGCCCACAGGGCUAGACUAGUGGGGUUUGGGGGGGACUAUAGGUGCAAGCAGCCUGGUUUGUACCUGCCUGCUGACUGGCUGGCAAGUAGACAGUCCACGCGGUGGGGGAGGCGGCCCGCUUGGUGGCCCCGGGCCGCGUGGCCCCGUGGUAGUGGAGCCAUGGUUUCUAAACUGAGCCAGCUGCAGAUGGAGCUCCUAGGAGCCCUGCUCGAGUCGGGCCUGAGCAAAGAGGCACUGAUCCAGGCAUUGGGUGAGCCGGGGCCCUACCUGCUGGCUGGAGAUGGCCCCCUGGACAAGGGGGAGUCCUGUGGCAGCGGUCGAGGGGAGCUGGCCGAGCUGCCCAAUGGGCUGGGGGAGACGAGGGGCUCCGAGGAGGAGACGGACGACGAUGGGGAAGACUUCACGCCACCCAUCCUCAAGGAGCUGGAGAACCUCAGCCCCGAGGAGGCGGCCCACCAGAAAGCCGUGGUGGAGAGCCUGCUGCAGGAGGACCCGUGGCGUGUGGCAAAGAUGGUCAAGUCGUACCUGCAGCAGCACAACAUCCCUCAACGGGAGGUGGUCGACACCACCGGCCUCAACCAGUCGCACCUCUCCCAGCACCUCAACAAAGGGACCCCCAUGAAGACACAAAAGCGAGCUGCCCUGUACACCUGGUACGUCCGCAAGCAGCGAGAGGUGGCCCAGCAAUUCACUCAUGCCGGGCAGGGUGGGCUGGUUGAGGAGCCCACAGGUGAUGAGCUGCCAACCAAGAAGGGGCGGAGAAACCGUUUCAAAUGGGGCCCAGCAUCCCAGCAGAUCCUGUUCCAGGCCUAUGAGAGGCAGAAGAACCCCAGCAAGGAGGAGCGAGAGGCAUUGGUGGAGGAGUGCAAUAGGGCCGAGUGCAUCCAGAGGGGGGUGUCACCAUCACAGGCACAGGGGCUGGGCUCCAACCUGGUCACAGAGGUGCGUGUCUACAACUGGUUUGCCAAUCGGCGCAAGGAGGAAGCGUUUCGGCACAAGCUGGCCAUGGACACAUACAGUGGGCCGCCGCCGCCAGGGCCAGGCCCAGGCCCUGCGCUGCCCGCCCACAGCUCCCCGGGCCUGGCCCCACCUGCCCUCUCCCCCAGUAAGGUCCACGGUGUGCGCUAUGGACAGCCUGCAACCAGUGAGGCAGAGGAAGCGCCCUCAAGCAGCGGUUCCUUGGUGACAGUAUCUACACCCUUGCACCAAGUGUCCCCUACAGGCCUGGAGCCCAGUCACAGCCUGCUAAGCACCGAAGCCAAGCUGGUCUCAGCAACUGGGGGUCCCCUGCCUCCUGUCAGCACCCUGACGGCACUGCACAGCUUGGAGCAGACAUCCCCAGGCCUCAACCAGCAGCCCCAGAACCUUAUUAUGGCCUCGCUUCCUGGAGUCAUGGCCAUAGGGCCUGGUGAGCCUGCCUCCCUGGGCUCCACGUUCACCAACACGGGCGCCUCUACACUGGUCAUUGGCCUGGCCUCCACACAGGCCCAGAGCGUGCCAGUCAUCAACAGCAUGGGCAGCAGCCUGACCACCCUGCAGCCCGUCCAGUUCUCCCAGCCGCUGCACCCUUCCUACCAGCAGCCACUCAUGCCUCCCGUGCAGAGUCACAUGGCCCAGAACCCCUUCAUGGCCACCAUGGCCCAGCUGCAGAGCCCCCAUGCCCUGUACAGCCACAAGCCCGAGGUGGCGCAGUACGCCCACACGGGCCUGCUCCCGCAGACCAUGCUCAUCACCGACACCAACCUGAGCGCACUGGCCAGCCUCACGCCCACCAAGCAGGUCUUCACCUCAGACACCGAGGCCUCCAGUGAGUCCGGGCUUCACACGCCAGCAUCUCAGGCCACCACCAUCCACAUCCCCAGCCAGGACCCUGCUGGCAUCCAGCACCUGCAGCCCUCCCAUCGGCUCAGUGCCAGCCCCACAGUGUCCUCCAGCAGCCUGGUGUUAUACCAGAGCACCGAGUCCACCAAUGGCCACAGCCACCUGCUGCCAUCCAAUCACAGCGUCAUCGAGACCUUCAUCUCCACGCAGAUGGCCUCUUCUUCCCAGUAACCAUGGCUACCGCCUCCCAGGGGCUGGGCACCGAAGCCUGCACGGCCCACUUGGGGGGUGA